GUCAGUAUUAAUACUCACACUGCUUCAGUUUAUCUCCGUCGUUGCAAGCUUCUCUCCAUCGGCGCCGUUUGUUUGUCUGGAUCAAUAGGCAAGAGGGAAGAAGAAGCGAGACCAGGUUUGCUUUCUCUCAUAUUUGCCACGAUGAUGAUGAAGAGAAGGGGAAUGCUGCUCGUGCUUAUUUGCUCAAUGUUAAUAACUAGCUGCCAUGGAAGUAUUUGGAAGAAGACAUCCGUUAUAAUCUACAACAAUUUGACGGAUGAAAGUACUCUGACGGUACAUUGCAAAUCUAAGAAAGAUGAUCUGGGAAUCCGUCGUAUAGCACAGCGGUCGUGGCAGUUCUCAUUUAUACCCAGUUUCUUGGGAAGGACGCUCUUCUUUUGCAGCUUUUCAUGGUCCGGUGGAUUCGAAUGGUUCAAUAUAUGUGUUCAAAGCAGGGACGAGGGUAAAUGCAUUUUCUGUAGUUGGACGAUCUCGCCCAAUGGCCCUUGUAGGCUCAAUGGAUUGACGGGAGAGUAUGAUCUUUGUUAUCAUUGGAAUCGUCGCUCAUAGUUAGUUUGGCAUACUCAGGUCACAUUUUUCGACAUCUUGUUUGAGCCGCAAUGAACGGAAGAA